AUGGCUCCCCCUCGGAAUAGAGGUCCUAAGGGUCGUGGAGCCCGAGCCGGAGCUCCUGUAAAGAGGAGAAAUGGCUUCACAACGUCCCGGGUAGACGAGAUAGAGUCAGAAGAAUCCUCAGGCGGAGAGGAGGGUCAGUUCGAAGACAGCCUUGGAGAUGAAAUGGAUUAUGAUGGUCCUAUGGACGAUGCAUCGUCAGACAGCGAUGAGGACGAAGAUGACAAGUCGGCCCGUCCAUAUAACGAAUUGCUUCAGCUACUCAAUACAACCGCUGACUCUAAAGGGCCGGCGCGCAAAAAGAGGAAGACUGAACACAGAGAUGAUAAAGGAGGAGCAGCUCGGAAUGACACUGUCGUCGCCGCCAACAAAGAGGAAUUACUAGAAGAUGACGACUUGCAGCAGCAGGAACCUUCUGAUGAAGAAGAUAACUUAGAUGAGGCUGAUGCCGAUGGUCAAGCCGACAGCGACAAUGAAGAUGCAGAUAGUGACCCCUUUGAGGCACAUUUCGCGGGGGAAAAAGAAGACGAACUGCCUAAGAAAAUCGAGGCUAUAGGGGAUAAUAAAUGGAAAACUGUAAAGAAAGAGCUCCCCGAGGAUUUGAAAUUGGUGCGCGCUGCUCCUGAUACGGGAAACGAUCUUUCAUACCUACCUGCGCUGAAGAGUAUCGCGAAUUUAAAGCUCAAGAAAAAGUUGAAGGCGCCUGCUCUGGAGCAUAUCCCCCAGAUCAGCGGUCAUGCCCAACAACUCGCCCCGUACAUCUUUGAUUAUCAAGACGUCUUGUAUGGCGCCAGAAAAUCGUCUAACUCGGCCCAGUUACGAGACAUUCUGGCAGUUCAUGCCGUUAACCAUGUAUUGAAGACCCGAGACCGUGUACUCAAGAACAACGCUCGUGUCGCAAAGGAACAAGAUGCCGACCUUGAUCUGCGGGAUCAAGGAUUCACCAGACCCAAGGUGCUGUAUCUUCUCCCGACUAAACAAGCUUGCGUACGUGUCGUCGAGUCAAUCACCCAGCUCUUUCAACCUGAGCAGCAAGAAAACAAGAAGCGUUUCAUGGACACUUUCUCUGCAACGGACGACAAGUCCUGGGAGAGUAAACCGGACGACUUUCGAGAGUUAUUCGGUGGAAAUGACGAUGACAUGUUCCGGCUAGGCCUCAAAUUCACGAGAAAGACAGUCAAAUUCUUUGCACAAUUCUACGCUUCAGAUAUGAUCCUUGCCAGCCCACUUGGCUUGCGCACGAUCAUGGACCAAGCUGACGCGAAGAAACGUGACCAUGACUUUUUGUCUUCUAUUGAAGUCGUUAUAGUGGAUCAAGCCGAUGCCCUUCUCAUGCAGAAUUGGGAUCACGUCGACUAUAUCUUUAAACAUCUCAACUUACAGCCCAGGGAGGCGCACGGCUGUGAUUUUAGCCGCGUGCGAACAUGGUACCUGGACAACAACGCACGAUAUGUCCGCCAAAUGAUCAUGCUGGCUUCCUUUAUUACCCCAGAGAUCAACUCGGUCUUCUCCACACAUAUGCUGAACGUCUCUGGUAAGAUCAGGAUGACACCAGUAUACGCUGGAACAAUCUCCGAGAUCCCACUCCCAGUAUCUGUGAAGCAGACCUUCUCCCGUUUCGACAGUCUCUCGCCGGUGAAAGACCCAGACGCGCGAUUCAAGCACUUCACCACGACCGUGCUCUCAUCUUUAGUCCGCAAUAUCACAUCCGGGCGGGGGAACAAUAGCGGUGGAACCUUGAUAUUUAUCCCGUCGUACCUAGAUUUCGUCCGUGUACGCAAUUAUUUUGCUACUUCCGCGCAGACCACGAACAUCUCCUUCGGGGCGAUUUCUGAAUACUCGGACACUCGAGACAUCAUGCGAGCUCGUACGCACUUUAUGAAUGGCCGACACUCCGUAUUGUUAUAUACAGAAAGGUUCCACCAUUUCCGGCGGUACCAGAUCCGUGGAGUCAAGCGUGUCAUCAUGUAUGGAGUGCCAGAGAACCCAAUAUUCUGGGGGGAAAUUGUUGGAUUUCUGGGUAUGGAUCCGGCAGCGAUCGAUGAGGCCGCCGAGGGAGGUGUCCGCGCACUGUUUUCCAAGUGGGAUGCACUGAAAUUGGAGAGGAUCGUUGGAAGCAACCGAGUUGGCAAUAUGCUGCGGGAGAAGGGAGGUGAUACCUUCACAUUUGUAUAG